GGCUUGGGCGGAGCUCGGGGCGCGCGGCCGGGGAGAGCUCGGGUUCUGUGUCGGGUGCGGCGGCGGCGGCGGCGGAGCGGGAUCACGAUUGGCACCACAAGCGUGCCAAGGUUCAUGCUGAUACCAGGGAGAGUAAUUCUGCAACAGCAUGCUCUGCUAAUGCAGGCAGUUCACAUAUUUAUUCAGACAGGCAUUUCAAUAUGUAUCGGGACUCUUCAGCUUCAGCUUUAAAAAAUGAAUCGCUUUACCCAACUUCUAUGUUGGAUAUGAUUGAUUAUGCUUAUCAUAUAGAAUCUAGGGAUGGGAUAGAUAAUGUCAGUGAUAUUGAUGGUGAAGCAAAAACAGAAGAUAUAGAAGUGAGGAUGGAUCUGACUGACGACCUAUUACACAUGGUAUUCUCUUUCUUGAAUCAUAUGGAUCUUUGUCGGGCUGCACUAGUCUGCAAACAGUGGCGAGUGGCUAGUACACAUGAAGACUUUUGGAAAUGCUUAAAUUUUGAGAACCGGAACAUAUCAAUUGAGCAAUUUGAGGACAUGUGCCGGCGGUAUCCAAAAGCUGCUGAAGUCAAUAUAACUGGUGCUUCUGCAAUUCAUUUGCUUGUUAUGAAGGCUGUGUCAUUGCUGAGAUAUCUGGAGACUUUGACCUUGGGGAAAGGACAGCUAGGGGAUACAUUUUUUUAUGCCUUAUCAGAGUGUAAUUUGUUGAAGAGUCUGAAUGUCACUGAUGCCACCCUUGGUAAUGGCAUCCAAGAGAUACCUAUAAACCAUGACAGGUUGCGUCAUCUUCAAUUGAUCAAAUGUCGCGUCAUGCGAAUAUCUGUCAGGUGUCCUCAACUUGAGACCUUAUCUUUGAAGCGCAGUAAUAUGGCCCAGGCUCAGCUCAGCUGCCCCCUUUUGCGUGACCUUGAUAUAGGCUCUUGUCAUAAGCUUUCAGAUGCUGCAAUUCGAUCAGCCGCAAUAUCAUGCCCACUGUUGGAGUCUUUGGACAUGUCAAACUGUUCAUGUGUUAGUGAUGAAACAUUACGUGAGAUAGCUCUUACUUGUGCUAAUCUCCAUGUUCUCAAUGCAUCAUACUGCCCAAACAUUUCACUUGAGUCUGUUAGGCUUCCGAUGUUGACAGUUCUAAAGCUUGACAACUGUGAGGGCAUAACUUCAGCUUCAAUGGCUGCAAUUUCGCAUAGCUAUAUGCUAGAGGUUUUGGAGCUGGACAAUUGCAGCCUCUUGACAUCUGUAUCUUUGGAUCUUCCGCGCUUACAGAAUAUAAGAUUGGUGCAUUGUCGCAAGUUUGCCGAUUUGAAUUUACGAACUCUCAUGCUAUCAUCCAUAAUGGUGUCUAACUGCGGUGCCCUCCAUCGUAUUAAUAUCACAUCAAAUUCACUUCAAAAAUUAGCUUUGCAAAAACAGGAGAGUCUGACCACGUUAGCAUUACAGUGCCAGUCUCUGCAAGAAGUGGACCUAACAGCCUGUGAGUCGCUGACAGAUUCUAUAUGUGAAGUUUUCAAUGAUGGUGGUGGAUGCCCUCUUUUGAAGUCCUUAGUCCUUGAUAAUUGUGAGAGCUUGACGACUGUGCGAUUCUGCAGUACUUCUUUAGUCAGUCUGUCCCUUUCCGAGUGCAGGGGAAUUACAACUCUUGACCUCACCUGUCCCAAUCUUCAGCAAGUUUGUUUAGAUGGGUGUGAUCACUUAGAAAAGGCCCAUUUUUGCCCAGUUGGACUUGGAUCGCUGAAUCUUGGGAUAUGUCCUAAAUUGAGUGAACUCACAAUUGAAGCACCAAAAAUGGUGUUACUGGAGUUGAAAGGUUGUGGGGUACUGGCAGAAGCUUCCAUCAACUGUCCUCUUCUAACAUCUCUAGAUGCUUCCUUUUGCAGCCGACUUAGGGAUGACUGCUUGUCUGCGACAGCCACAUCUUGUCCUCUGAUUGAGUCAUUAAUCUUGAUGUCAUGCCCGUCUGUUGGUUCUGAUGGGCUUUAUUCUCUUUGCUGGCUUCCACACUUAACCAUGCUCGACUUAUCAUACACCUUUUUGACAAACUUGGUUCCCGUCUUUGAGUCCUGUUUGCAUUUAAAGGUGUUGAAAUUGCAAGCAUGCAAGUACCUUACCGAUUCUUCAUUGGAGCCUCUCUACAUGCAUGGAGCUUUGCCAAGCCUCCGAGAAUUGGACUUGUCUUAUGGGCCUUUUUCUCAGUCUGCCAUAGAGGAGCUUCUUUCUUGCUGUACACAUCUGACUCAUGUUAGCUUAAACGGAUGCAUCAAUAUGCAUGAUUUGAAUUGGGGUUUCCCUGGGGAUAUCUCUCUGUCGUCUAGUGCCAGUUGUGUGAAUGAAGUGUCAGAGAGCAAUAAUUCGCUGGAACUGCCUGAGCUGCCCAACCGUUUGCUGCAAAAUCUUAAUUGCGUAGGCUGUCCAAAUAUCAGGAAGGUUUUUAUUCCACUGCUGGCUCGCUGUUAUCACUUAUCGUCGCUGAACUUAUCUUUAUCCAACAAUCUGAAGGAAGUCGACAUUGCUUGUUCGAACUUGUGCCUUCUAAACUUAAGUAAUUGCUGCAGUUUGGAAACAUUGAGGCUUGAAUGUCCAAAAUUGACAAGCCUAUUUCUUCAGUCAUGCAACAUCACUGAAGAAGCACUCGAAGCUGCUGUGUCACGAUGUAUGACACUGGAGACCCUUGAUGUUCGCUAUUGUCCGCAGAUUUCCUCAGUGAGCAUGGGGAGAUUGCGUGCAGCUUGUCCAAGUUUGAAGCGCAUCUUUAGCAGCCUGUCACCUCCAUGAGAACUGGCAGAAGUGUGAGUUGUUUCUCAGAGUGACGACAUUGUGUUUGCGUCCCGUUAACACGCUGUACACACUGCACAGGUUGCUAAUGGUUUGUGUUUGUGAUCUUGUAAGUAUAGUGAAUGGUCAUCAAUCUUGAGUUUUCUUUUCCUUUUUUCUCUUGUCAUUGUGUAUGUCAACCUGAUGAUUAAUGUGGCUGGGUUAUCGUUAUGCGUAAAAUUUCUCUCCUUUAGCUA